AUGGCGUUGGAAGAAGUGGUACGAUACUUAGGACCUCACAAUGAGAUCCCUUUGACACUCACUAGAGACUCGGAGACUGGCCAUUUCCUCCUGAAACAUUUUCUGCCCAUUUUGCAGCAAUAUCAUGACACGGGGAAUAUUAACGAGACCAACCCCGAUAGUUUCCCCACUGAUGAGGAAAGAAAUAAAUUACUGGCACAUUAUGGAAUUGCUGUAAAUACAGACGACCGAGGUGAGUUAUGGAUAGAGCUGGAAAAAUGUUUACAAUUAUUAAACAUGCUAAAUUUAUUCGGUUUGUUCCAGGAUGCAUUCGAAUUUGAGGAGCCUGAAACAGAUCAGGAUGAAGAAGAUCCCAGCCAUUCGAAACUACCAGAAAACAAGACCAAAAGUGAAAAUUCUAAGGAUAAUAUCAGCUCAAAGAGGAUUAAUAAUUUACAAGAUAUGAGCCUGGAUUCUGAUGCACACAGAGAAUUAGGCUCUCCUUUAAAAAAACUAAAAAUAGAUACCUCUGUAAUAGAUGCUGAGAGUGACUCCACUCCGAAUACUGCCAGAGGCAAGCCUAACGAUGAUAUUAAUAAGGGCCCUAGCGGCGACAAUGAAAAUAAUGGCACUGAUGACAAUGACAGAACCGCUGGACCUAUCAUAACAUUCACUCAUGACCUAACUUCUGACUUUUUAAGCAGUCCACUGAAAAUCAUGAAAGCACUACCUUCUCCAGUUGUAAAUGAUAAUGAACAGAAGAUGAAACUAGAGGCAUUCUUACAACGGUUGUUAUUUCCAGAAAUUCAAGAAAUGCCUACAUCCCUUAAUAAUGACAGCAGUAAUAGAAAUUCAGAAGGGGGGAGCUCAAACCAACAACAACAGCACGUAUCAUUUGAUAGCCUUUUGCAAGAGGUAAACGACGCUUUUCCUAAUACUCAAUUAAAUCUUAAUAUUCCUGUAGAUGAGCAUGGAAACACACCAUUACAUUGGCUGACUUCAAUAGCAAACCUGGAAUUAGUGAAACACCUGGUUAAGCAUGGUUCAAACAGAUUAUAUGGUGAUAAUAUGGGGGAGUCAUGCCUAGUGAAAGCUGUCAAAUCAGUAAAUAAUUACGACUCUGGUACUUUUGAGGCACUUCUAGAUUAUUUAUAUCCAUGUUUAAUUUUGGAAGACUCAAUGAAUAGAACAAUUUUGCACCAUAUCAUUAUUACGUCUGGUAUGACUGGCUGUUCAGCAGCUGCGAAAUAUUAUUUAGAUAUUUUAAUGGGAUGGAUUGUCAAGAAACAAAAUAGACCCAUUCAAAGUGGUACUAACGAAAAAGAAAGCAAACCGAAUGACAAAAAUGGGGAAAGAAAGGACUCUAUACUAGAAAAUUUGGACCUGAAAUGGAUAAUAGCAAACAUGCUCAAUGCGCAGGACUCUAAUGGCGAUACUUGCUUGAACAUUGCAGCAAGAUUGGGAAACAUUUCAAUAGUAGACGCUUUAUUAGAUUACGGUGCUGACCCAUUUAUUGCAAACAAAUCAGGGUUGAGACCCGUGGAUUUUGGGGCAGGUACUUCAAAAUUACAAAAUACGAACGGCGGUGACGAAAACUCGAAGAUGGUCUCUAAGGGUGAUUACGACGGUCAAAAAAAUGGAAAGGCCAAAAAAAUAAGGUCUCAACUGUUGAAAAACCCACCUGAAACAACUUCGUUAAUUAAUGAUGUCCAAAAUUUACUGAAUUCAAUCUCGAAAGAUUAUGAGAAUGAAACAGUGCAAUAUAAUGAGAAAUUAGAAAAACUACACAAGGAAUUGAACGAACAGCGAGAAGAAUUAGCUAAUUCUAGAGAACAACUAGCAAAUGUGAAGCAAUUGAAAGAUGAAUACUCACUAAUGCAAGAGCAAUUGACCAAUUUAAAAGCAGGAAUUGAAGAAGAAGAGGAAAGUUUUAGGGAAGAGAGCAAAAAGCUAGGAAUAAUUGCAGAUGAAAGUUCAGGUAUUGAUUGGGACUCUAGCGAAUAUGAUGCAGAUGAACCCUUCAAAGUAGAGUUCCUUUCAGAUUUCUUGGAGGAUAAAUUACAAAAGAAUUAUGAAGGCGAUAUUUCCAAACUAUUAGAAGCGGAGUCGAAAGAGCAGAUAAUGGAACAGAUACGAAAUCAACUUCCCGCAGAAAAAAUCCAAUCGAUGCUUCCACCAACGGUCUUAUUGAAGGCAAGAAUAAAUGCAUACAAGCGGAAUGAUAAACACCUAACCAAUGUAUUGGAUACAAUCAGCACCAAACAAUCAGAAUUAGAGAAUAAAUUUAGAAGAGUGUUAUCUUUAUGUUUGAAAAUCGACGAAAAUAAAGUUGACAAUAUGCUUGAUGGUUUGUUACAGGCCAUAUCUUCUGAAGACCCACAAGACAUUGACACUGACGAAAUGCAAGAUUUUUUAAAAAAGCAUGCUUCAUGA